UGGCAGGCGUAUGUAACAUUCUAUAUGCAGGGCCUAUGUCAGAUUAUAUUGCCGAUUAUAGGUUUGCUUAUGACGCCUAGUCGCAACCCACACACAGCCACGAGCAUAAGAAUUUAAAAUAAAAAAUAUUAUUAAUUAUAGUUUGAGUGUUCUGUUUGCUUUAGCCUGCUUGGCCUGUCUUCGGCCUUAGCGAAACCAAAACCGAAACGCCUGUGGUUCGUAUCAGUAUCAUUAACUGCAUAAUAUUUUAAAUAUUUUAGAACAGUACAUGUGUCUAUAGAUUUUACCAUCAAAUAUAGGCAACUUAAAAAAAAAACCAAACAAUUAUAUGUGUUAAUUAAUUUUUUUGAGUGGGGUUUAACCGUCUUGUUAUAAAACUUUAUUUCUACCUAGCCGAUUCUACGUACUACUGCUACGUCUGACUCAGUAGGCUACUCUCAGUGACUCAGUGCUUUGAAAAAUCAAGACAAGAUUUGUUACUUGAAGGUGUUUUUGUUGUCAAAUAGCUUCAUGAACAAAGUUUCACUUUGUUAUUUAUAAAUUAAUGCAGCGCUAAAUAAUUAUAAAAAAGAUAUCCCAACAUUGAACAUGUUGGUUUAAAACCAAACAAGUUAGUUAAAUUUAAUUUGUGCACUUUGCUAAUAAAUCAAUAAUGCUAUUUUUAUUAUUAUUAGGCUACGCUAUAAAAUAAUAGGCUAUAUUGUAUCAUAAAUACAGAGUGAUCACUUUAACUUUAUGAAAUGAUUAAUAAUAUACCAUACUGAUAUAAUAAUAUUAUUAUUUGUCAUCAGUGAUCAGCCAAUACUUAUAAUGGAAGAAAUACUCAUUGUUAACCAGAAUAUAGCACCUAUAAAUAAAUACAAAUUUGAAAUACUGUUUAACAAAAAAUCAAAAGAAGUAGGCCUAUGCAGUGUGCAUAUUGCACAUAUAUAAAAUUAUAAAUUAUUAUUUAUCAAAAGAAGUAGGUCUACUUCACCUAUAUUUAUAUCAUAAAAUAGGCCUAUUAGUUAUCAAAAGAAGUAGGCAUAGGCAUAACUGCAGUGCUGGCAUCUUUAUAGGGUUCAAAAUUCAUGAUAUUAUUAAUUAUUAAUGUUAUUUUCCUUUUGCUUUUCUUUUCAGAUUUUUCUCAAAGAAAAUGGGUGAUGAAUAUGGUAAUACUAAUAUAAUGAAUGAAACCAUUAGCAUAGGAAGUGGGGUUAGAUGGGGCAGUCCCCCUUGGCAGUCAAUAUUUUCUCUUAAUAUUUGGAGCUUGGCCUGCCCCAGCUUCACACUAGCUUUAGCUACACCACUGAAUAAAACUGUUUCUAUAUUUUCUAUUUUCCAUUCUCAUUUACACUAUUUCUUAUGUCAUGCUGUCUUUAACUGAGAAGAAUAAUGAAGUAGUAUGGUUUGUUUUUAACACCAUGGCCUCAAUUUAUUUCACUUGUGAAAAAUAACAUGCUCUUGUGCUGAUGCAAACAUAAUUUACAAUCAAUAACUAUGUACUAUAAGGCUUACAAACCUUUUCAGUUAUGAAUUAUUUCCUACACAACUUUUUCUUCUCUAACAACAUCUUCUGUUAUUUCAGAGUCUGACAAUGACCACAUGAUGACUAAAUUGGUUUUGCCCAAUGGCACUAUAAAAAGAGACUUUGUUGUGCGGACAAAAACAGAUGUAUCAAGGGUAAUUCAAUUUAGUCUAUUAACUUAAUUUUUUUCAUUAAGUUCUAUGACUUCAUUUAAUUAAACAACAUUGUAGUAUGUUAAAAUCUUUGUUGGAUUUAGAAUUUGAUGUUAAAGGUAAUAUACUUUUUACACUUUUAUUAAAAGUUUCUCCUUUAAAUGGCAAUGAAUAAAGACUGAAUGAACUACCAUCAAUGCAAUUAUAAAUACUGUAGUCAUUUUCAUUUCAGUCCCUAAUUAACAUUAAUUUUACAAGACCUAACAUUUUUAAAAAGAAGAAUUUCCAAUGAAAGCCAUAUUAUCAAUUUUUAAACAGGAAAAAGUUAGAAUUCUUUCUGAUGUUCAACUUCGUGUUCCACCUCCAGAAGAAUUGAUGUUGGUUAUUUUGGAUGAACAUGGAAAUGAAGAAGUGAUGGAUGAAAGUAAAAAAAUGGAUUUCUAUAGAAAUUCAAUUUCAGUUGGCACCAUUGAAAUCCGUGAUAAAAAGCAAGUAUCUCUAUUUAUGGAAAUGUCAUAUUGAUAAACCUUGAGCCAACAAUCAGCAAUACAUUUUUUGAAAUAUAUUUUACUCAUACUUAUACUAGUUUCAAAACCUACAUUGUUCCAAUCAUGUCUACAUUCAGAAGGUUAAGUUGUGUCAUUCCCACAUUUUUAAAAUUGCGUGAAGUAACAAAUGCCCAAUGCACUACUCUGGUGCUCUGCUAACACUCCCAGCUUUAUUCCGCUACUAAAAUUAAUAUCUUUUAUUCAGCUUCCUUUCUAUGUUUAAAUAAAUUAAAAAAUCAGUUUUUUAUUUUAAAUCCUCAAGCUUACAACCGUGAAGUUGUGCUGGGGAAAAUCAGUCAUAAUGAUCACAUUUCUUUUAUUUGCUCCAAAUGUCAUUGAUUUGAAAAAUAUAAAAAACAAAUAUUAAAAACCAUAAAUUUAACCAUAUAAACAUGACACUGUCCAAUGACAUACUUUGACAUUAAGUCUGCCUGGUUUUAGACCUCUUAGAACCCUUCAGUUUUCUUAAAUGCCUUAUUAAGACAAACCAUAAAAAAUAAACAUUUUUAAAACCUCAGAGUCAUGGACUUGUAGAGCCAUGGACUUGUAGAGCCAUGGACUUGUAGAGCCAUGGACUUGUAGAGCCAUGGACUUGUAGAGCCAUGGACUUGUAGAGCCAUGGACUUGUAGAGCCAUGGACUUGUAGAGCCAUGGACUUGGUGAGCCAUGGACUUGUAGAGCCAUGGACUUGUAGAGCCAAGGACUUGUAGAGCCAUGGACUUGUAGAGCCAUGGACUUGUAGAGUCAUGGACUUGUAGAGUCAUAUUGCUGAAACAUCCAAUUUUUGUAUUGUCUUUCUUCAGGUUUAUCUCUACCUGGUGUAUAUUUCUUACAAAUAUAUUGAGAGUCUGCUCUAGUCAACUUAGUAAUAGGGGGAGAAAUUAUUUGAAUUAUUUUUAAAAACAACAUUUUAAUAUUUUUGUUAUGGUGAAUUUGUUUUUUUUAAAUAUCUUUCUCUUGUAGCUCUGCUGUACGAAGCACACCAACUGGACACAAGACACCUUUAGAAAGCUUUGGAGUUUGUACUAAACAGCAAUAGAAAUGCUCAAAUUAAUUUUAAAAAAUUAAAGAGAAAGCCAAAUUCAUUUAGAAAAGCAAAACUCUUAACCUGUGGUUUUUAGUCACCAGUCCACAGACAUGCAGCUAUUUCCAGCUUGUAGGGGCCCUACACCAAAUUUUUUAAAUAUUAAAUAUUUCUGUCUUGGAAGUUCAAGACAUCAUUUUUACCAGCAAUCACGAUUGUGUUUUGGUUUUUCGUUAUUUUAAAUAACGAAUUAUUUUUUAUUUUAUUUAUAAAGCCUAGGCCUUCUACUAUUGGUUGUAAAAGAAUAUAAUAAAAAAUUUGUAAAUUAUUUGUGUUAUUUUAUCAAGUCCCAGUUGGAAAACCACUGUGUGAACCACAAAAUAAUUUAUAAUUAUUCAAUUCUCGUUAAUAAGAUUAUUAAACCUUUAUAAAAUCAAUGACAUGAAGGUUUUGUACCAAAACGUUUUGUUUUGUACCAAAACGUUUUUGCAAGGCCCACCUUAAUGAUAUGAAAGUGAUUCAAUCUUUGUUUUGAUGAAUUUUACCUUUCAUGUGUGCGUGCCUCUCAUAAUAGUUAAAUGUUAUACAGGGAAAUAGUAUUCCAUCAGACAGUAAGGUAUUUUUAAAGUAUUUUUUUUUUCUAUUUGUAACGAGGCAACUUUUUUUUUUAUUCUUGUAAACGAGGCAACUAUUUUUUUUUGCCUUGUAAAUGAGGCAACUAUUUUUUUCUUCUUGCAAAUGAGGCAACUAAAGUUUAUUUUGUUAUCCUCCAAUAUAAGCUCAAAUAUGGACACUCAUCACAAUGUUUAAAAAAAAAUGAUUUUACUAUUAGAACAUAAAUUAUACAUUUGAAUUAUUGAUCUUGUGUGCAGUGAAUUUUAAUGGCUAAGCUCUGUUGGUGAAAUAGCCCUAAAAUUCACUAUUUUAAAAGAUUUUGAAAUUCAUGUCAAUUUUUAAAAACUUACUCUAAGAACAUAAAGAAAAGGCUGCAAAACUAUUGUGUAGAUUUUUACUGUUCUUCUUUUACGCAACAUUAGUAUUCAAAUGCAUGCAUAAUUUAUUUUACAUUUUAUGCCUGGGAAAAAAAUAUGUUUUACAUGAAAAUGUAUACAGUUGAGGAUUAUAGGCAAUGUGUGCAAAAGUGCAUUUGCUUAAAACUUGAUGGGCAUUGCAUUCUAAAAGUUGAAUGUAAGGAUUGCCUCACUAACUUCAGAUUUAACAUGUCAAGGUCACUAGCCUACCUUGACACUUAUUUCAUUUAGGACAUGCUUCUAGCCCUGUUGUUUUAUUUUUCAUUUAACUGCAUCAGCUUUUGUUUUUUAAAUCACAUAUUAUGUAGGUAGUCUUUAAAAAAAAAAGUAUAAUCAUGAAAUAUAAUUUAAAAAAAUGAAAUAAAUUGUUUUUUAUAUCUGUCAAUCAUUAUUUCCAAUUAAACAAAAUCUAAAUAUUUGUGUAGUUAGAGCCGUGUAUUUAUUUUUUUGCUACAAAAUUUUACUUAACUGAUAAAGAAAUGAAAAAUAAAAACCUCAAUCGAUUUAGAUUUAGUUCAUGUACAUUUCAUCUAACAUUUCAAAUUCAACGAAUAUUUUUAUCACUAUUGACUAUUGAAAAAAGAAUUCUAAAGUCCUGAAAUAAUGCAUUCAUUGAUGAGUUAGUUUGUAUAUUAAACAACACACUUUUCAAAACUGAUAUGAAAUGCUGAUAUUGAAUAGACUGAACUCUUUUGCUGUGAUAUUUAUGUAGACUUAUUAUUGUAACGGUCUUUUCACCUUGGAGUUAAUUAAACAUUUUUUUCAAACAAUAAA